GCAAAUCUCAAGGUUGUUGAGCUUUUGUUUGGUUGUUGAGUUGCGUCCAUGAAGUGCAGCCCUGAUAUGUGAUGCCGAGGAGAAAGAAAUGGGCAACUGUGUAAGCGGCCAAGAUGCUCCUACACCGCAAGAGAAGGAGGUGCAGCGGGAGAUGGCGAGGAUUAACAAAGCCAUCACCCGUGACCUGAAAAAGUUUGGAAAGGAGUACCGAGCGACACACAGACUGCUCCUUCUCGGCGCGGGGGAGUCAGGGAAGAGUACUAUUGUCAAGCAGAUGAGGAUUUUGCAUCCCGACGCUGGCUUUACUGACUCGGAAAUCCAAGAGAAAGUGAAGGAGAUCCGAUACAAUGUCAAGGACAGUAUAUGCACGAUUGCGUUUGCUAUGGACAGUUUGGACCCCCCAGUUCGUCUGAGUAACGAGAACAACCAGGAGAGGGUGGCGUACUUGCGCUCUGUUCACUCCACGAAGGAUUUCGACUACCCCCAGGAGUUCUUCGACCAUGCCAAAGCUCUCUGGGCAGAUGAAGGUGUUCAGGAGGCAUUCACUCGUUCGCAUGAGUAUCAGCUCAUCGAUUGUGCACAGUACUUCCUGGAUGAAAUCGACAGAAUAAGAAAGGCAGACUAUGUACCAACGGAACAGGAUUUACUUCGGUGUCGGGUCCUAACGUCGGGCAUCUACGAGACACGGUUUUCAGUAGAUCGCGUCAACUUUCACAUGUUUGACGUGGGUGGACAGCGCGAUGAGCGGCGCAAGUGGAUCCAGUGCUUCAACGAUGUAACAGCGAUUAUUUUUGUAGUAGCAUGUAGCUCAUACAACCUGGUGUGCCGUGAAGAUGGAGAGACGAAUCGGUUACGGGAAGCAUUGAACUUGUUCAAGAGUAUAUGGAACAACAGAUGGCUUCGGACGAUAUCAGUCAUCUUAUUCUUGAACAAGCAAGAUCUCUUGGAGGAGAAAAUUGCAAGUGGGCAGCAUCCGCUCGUCAAAUACUUCGAAGACUUCUCAGAAUAUGGCAAGAAUCCGCAGAAUUUUAGUGCGGCAACACGGUCAGAUUGGGCAGAUGCGAAAUUGGGCGAUUUCAAUAAAGCAAAGGACUACAUCCGAGACAAAUUUUUGUUAUUGAGCCGCGAAAACAAUGACGAGAAUCGCCAUUUCUGCUAUCCCCACUUCACCACAGCCAUUGACACCGAGAACAUCAAGCGUGUCUUCAAUGACUGUAAGGACAUCAUUCAACGCAUGCAUUUGCGUCAAUAUGAAUUGCUGUGAGUACAAUUGAAAGUUACUGAUAGUUGACUGACGGUUCCGUGCCUGGUUGCACGCGGCCCACUGAUCGUUUUUAACUCGGCUGCCUUUGCGUUUGGCUUCUCCCCCUCCCCCGAUAAAAACAUGUUGAGCGGUAUCCGGGUCAGUUUCGCUUCUGCUGCUGCUUCUCUUUCUCUUUUGCAUCCGCCAAUAGUCAUAGUACAUACGCAUAAAUCUCCAUCAAAUCGCCUCCAGUCACGUUGCCAUUGAUCGUGUCUGAGAGGCUAUGUAUCAUACUCACAAUCAUGUAGCUCCCUUUCACACUGGAUGCGCCCGUUUUUGAAUCCCCCAUCCGCAUGCAAUAACGUUUUUGUAAAGAAAAUGCCCUUCCUGGCGCUGCAUGCCGAGGGGCGUUCACGCUCAUUCUUGUUUUUUUGUAUGUGUAAGCUCUUCUGGCUGCCAGGCUGUGCCUUGUGUUGUUAGUCUGAGGACUGCAUCAGCUCCCCUAUGUUGUUCUAAUCAUGCCUCCUCAUCUGACUCAUACUCUACUUUUUGCUAGGCCAAAUGGUUGAUCAUUUUUUUUCUUGCAUGCCACUGCUUUCAAAGACCCGUCACAAGAAACAUAGAUCCGAGGCUCCAUUUGUCUUUUCUCCUGUUUGUAUGCAUCGCUUUUUUGCUCAAUUUUUUUUCUUUUUCAAUGUAUUAUGCUUAACUAUUUCAUGAUGGUUCAUUCUUGCCGUUUCUUGGUUGCCGUCCCCAGUCUUCUUGUUCGGUCUCUCUUGACAAAUUCUGUCUCCGUUGAUUUUCUUCGGCCAUCAGUAGCCAUGUUUGUACUGCUUAACCAAUUCUCUGCUAGUACGUUUUGUCUUCCCUCUUUUUCAGCUUGUCUCUGUGUUUUUUUCUACCCUGUCCCGGUGUUUGCUCGUCGUAUAUUCUCAUAUCCAUAUGAUUAUUUUUUCCUGUUAUUGUAGUUACUUUCUUCGUCAUCAUCAUCUUCCUCUCGUUCUUCUCUCCCUCUUCCUGUGUCGUUGUGCUGAUGGUUAUUGUUUUUGGUGCUCUGCUUUUUUUCUCCUGCUUCACCCAUGCUUGUUCUGUGCUCUCUCUCUCUCUCUCAUGUCACAGUGCUGGUGUUUUAUUCGUUUAGUUUUUCACUAGGCGCAGGUUAAUCCUCUGUGGCAUUCUGACAUGUGCGUUGAUGAAUGUUCCGAAACUGAUAUGCCCAAUCGA